GCAGAUGGGCGGUGACAGUUGAUUCGAUGGGGAAGGCUACAACAUCCUCAGUCUUCCGUGGAGACAUUUCUUCAUUGAUGCUUUGGACGGAAGGUAUUGGUUCGAAAAAGGCAUGGCAUGGCCUCCAUGGUAUCCACUUCCCUUCCGAUAUCCUUCUUAUGGGCCAGGAUUUCUCCCUGCUCUCAAGCGAGGUUGGCCUAUGCUAUGUACGCAGCAACAACCACAACCAUCAUCAAGACACCAUUCAAUCGCUUUGUUACUUUUACAAUCCGUUUUCAUAGAAGUGUUAUCUUCAAAAUCCAAUCUGCAUGCAUCUUGCAUAGUUAGGUAUUUCCAUUUCCAGGCUUUCUUCAAGCCUCACUGCCGCUUGCUGCACCAUGCCAGGUGCUAGCUCGUGGCGAUCGUCAUGGCGCAUCACUUACUGGGGAAUCGAAUGCCCACAUUUGGAUUGAUCGCACGCCGGGAUCAUGAGCAUUCACAGGCACAUAGCCGAUCUCCCCAGACCACAUAC